AUGCGUUCGUUCUCAGCAUCCAAUGAAUUAAGAAUAAAUGCAUUAAGUACUGUACGAUAUGCUGAAUUUUGUCUUCCGAGUUGUCACAAUGAUUAUGAAACAAUUCAUAUUGGCAAACGUCUUGCACCUUUUAUUAGUACAUAUAUGCCUCAUUUACAAACAUUACGUCUUUGGCGACCAGAUGAUUUUCCUUGGACAACUGGUAAGUUUACUUUAAAUAAACAAAAACAAUCAUAA